AUGGCUUUCUUUGCGUUGUCAAACAACAUGUCCACACAGGGCUUGUUGGUCGCGGCCGGAGCUCUUCUGGUACUCCUGCUCCUUGCCGACUGGGCAAGAAUGCUCUGGAUGCGACGAAAACUACCCCCCGGCCCGUUUCCAUUUCCCCUUGUUGGCAACCAUUUCCAAACGCCCAUCUACAAGCCAUGGAUCACAUGGGAGAAAUGGGCCAAGUAUUACGACACUACGAUGCUGACAAUCUGGAUCCGUCGCCACCCUCGAAUUAUCCCCAGCGAUGCCUGGGUCGCUUCCGAGCUACUCGAGAAGCAAUCGGACAUCUUUUCUUCACGCCCUCACCUCGUGGUGAUGGGAGACGCGAUUAAUUGCACAAAUACUAAUCAGACGACAUUGAAGUAUGGCGACCGCUGGAGGUUGCAUCGUAAGCUAAUGGCGGUACGCAAUUACCGUCCAUUCCAGGCGGAUGAGUCCAAGGUCUUGAUCCGAGACCUCUUACUUGAUCCCGACGAUUUUGAACUGUCCAUCGAACGAUACUCGGUCUCCACUGCUUCUAUCGUCGGCUGGGGUCGUCGUAUCGACAAGAAGAAUGACUAUGUCGCACAGCAAGCAUUAAAGAUGAUGGAGUCGGAAGGAUCAACUACCAAGGCGGGCAAUUUCGGAAAGUUCAUGCUCAAGUCACAACAGAAGUACGAAAUGACUGACGUCGAAGUGGCCGGCCUGAUGGGCAAUCUAAUCGGAGGAGGUGUCGACACAACUUCAAGCACUAUGAUUGGCUGUAUUCUGGCUAUGGCAUGUUUUCAAGACGUCCAGGCUAAAUCGCACAAGGAAAUGGAUGAAGUGAUUGGACAAGAGCGCUCACCAGACUGGGCUGAUAUUGACCAAGGCAAGCUUCCGUACCUCGCCGCCAUCGUCAAAGAAGUUCUUCGCUGGCGUACUGUGACCGUCCUUGCAGGAAUUCCCCACGCCAAUACUAAGCCGGUGGACUAUCAAGGCUACCACUUCCCCGCCGGCACAAACUUCACUGGCAAUAUGUGGGCCAUUCAUCGUAACCCGCGCGACUUCCCUGAGCCAGAUGAAUUUCGACCUGAGCGAUUUCUCAAGGGACAAGAGAGGCCGUACCCAAACGCCAGAGGCCUUGAUGAAGAGGGUCGAGAAGUUAAGCUCGACAUCUUCAACUACACCGAGAGCGAGAAUACGCGGCCUGAGGCCUUCAAAGCUCGAUUUACCUCCCGGUCUGAGAAAAUUCGGGAGCUCAUCCUGUCAGAAGCUACUGAGGCCAGGGAAGCGUUGAGGAUCGAUGAUGGCGAAACAAAGGUCAGAAUGGAGGAUGCGGUGGCUAAUCCAGCGAGAGCGUGA